ACAGCCAUUACUUUUGGAACAGGCCUCAAGGCUGCGUUCGAUUGGAAGAAGGGUGAUGUCCUCGCACUCUUUGCGCCCAAUGAUAUCGACAUCCCACCGGUGCUCUGGGGUACGCAUUGGGCCGGCGGCGUAGUCACGCCAGCCAAUCCAGCGUAUACGCCAGAUGAGCUCGCUUUCCAGCUUCAAAAGACCCGUACCCGCUUCCUGGUAACACACAUGUCUUGUCUCAACGUUGCUGUGAGUGCGGCGGCAAAGGUCGGGUUACCAGACGAUUGUAUUGUAUUGCUGGGUGAUGACCGACAUCCCACUUUGAAGUAUAAACAUUUCACAUCGGUGCGCAACAUAUCCGGUGCAACAAGAUAUCGUAGGGCGCGCAUUGAGCCCAAGACGGACCUCGCGUUUUUAGUCUUCUCGUCUGGAACCACAGGUGUGCCUAAGGGUGUCAUGUUAAGCCAUUAUAACAUAGUAGCAAACAUACUACAGCUCAAGGCGGGUGAGGAAGGGAAUUUGACGUGUAAUGGCGGGCCAGAUGGAAAGGGAGAUCGCAUGCUCGCUUUUCUCCCUUUCUUUCAUGUCUAUGGGUUGACCUGCUUGAUCCACAGCUCAAUGUACUCUGGAUAUCAUUUGUACGUGAUGUCCAAGUUCGAUAUUGAAAGAUGGUGCGCCCAUGUCCAGAAUUAUCGCAUCACGUUUUCCUAUGUUGUACCGCCGGUAAUCCUACUACUAGCUAAACACCCCGUUGUCUCCAAAUAUGACCUUUCAUCGCUUCGUAUGAUGAAUUCUGGCGCCGCGCCCCUUACUUCCGACCUGCUGGAAACCAUGCAUGAUCGCAUCAAGGUCGGAGCCAAACAAGGGUACGGACUCAGCGAAUGUAGCCCGACAACCCACACCCUGUCUUGGAAGGAUUGGCGACGGAAGGCCGGUGCGGUAGGCAAGCUACUCCCUAACAUGGAAGUGAAGUACAUGACCAGCCCAGAGGAUGGGUCAGACCCCGUGGAAGUCCCCGCCGGACAAACGGGCGAAGUCUAUCUUCGUGGACCCAAUGUGUUUUCAGGAUAUUUGGACAACCCCACCGCGACGGCUGGCUGUCUUUCAGCGGAUGGCUGGUUCUGCACUGGUGACGUGGGCCACCAGGACGAUGAAGGAAACCUAUACAUCACCGACCGUGUCAAAGAGUUGAUCAAAUACAAGGGCUUCCAAGUUGCUCCUGCUGAACUAGAAGGCUAUCUCGCCUCACACCCAGAUGUGGAUGAUGCAGCCGUCAUUGGCGUCGAGAGCGAAGCCCACGGAAGUGAGGUGCCACGCGCAUACAUCGUGCUUAAACCCGGCAUCGAAAAGGGGGACAAGACUGCUGAGCAGAUUGCAAGUUGGUUGGCCGCAAAGGUCGCACCCUACAAACGGCUUAGAGGAGGAGUCAGAUUCGCCGACUCUAUACCCAAGAGUCAAAGCGGAAAGAUUCUUAGACGGGUCCUGAAAGACAUGAUCAAGAAGGAGAACAACAAGGUCAAGGCUAAGCUAUGA